GGGGCCGCACGUCGAUGACGAGGCCGAGCCUCUUUUUCAUUAUAUAAACAAUAAAUAAAGUUAGAACCAUGUAGUGCUUUCCGAUUACACUCCCAAAGUGUGACAAUUGCACACCCUGUUCCCAUUCCGCUCCUUUCCCUACCCUUCUUCUUAUAUAGUUAUAAACCAGCCUCCCUUCCGACCAACCUCUCUUGCUCCUUUGAUCGUUAGCUAGAGAGGAAGAAGAGAGAGAGAGAUGGGACAGCACUCGCAGUUCGGGGACACGACGCUGACGAAGGUUUUCGUGGGGGGUCUGGCGUGGGAGACGCAGAAGGAGGCGCUCCGCGAGCACUUCGACAAGUACGGUGAGAUCCUCGAAGCCGUCAUCAUCUCCGACAAGCUCACCGGCCGAUCCAAGGGCUACGGCUUCGUGACGUUCAAGGAGGCGGAGGCGGCGAAGAAGGCCUGCGAGGACCCGACGCCGGUCAUCAACGGCCGGCGAUCCAACUGCAACCUUGCCUCCCUCGGCGCCAAGCGCCUCCGUCCGUCCCAUCCCGCCACCCCCGCCCUCCCCUCCCACCACCAGCCUGGGAUGGCGGUGGGAUCGAGAGGGUUGUCUCCAGGACCGGCGGCACCGUGGUACUACCGGCCAUCGGGAACGCCGCCGCCGCCCCCGUCGCCAUUCCCCCACCACCACCAGCACUACCACAGGGUCCUCCCCUUCUACUUCACCGCCACCUACGGAUACCCUCCUACUUACAUGCCGGAUAUGGGCUACAACGCGAAGCUAAGCCAAUCAGCCGGGCCAGGGUCCUAUAUCCAGGGCCAGUUCUCUUACCCACCGCAAGGAGGAGGGAUGGUUGCUCCUAAUGGAAUGCUGCCGGCGUACCCGCUCUACCACUUCCACCACCGUCAGCUCCAGGGCAUGGGAGUCCCUGCCCACUUCUUCCCUCCCGCCGCCGCCGCCGCCGCCGCCGUCGCAGGUACCAUGGCCGCCGUUCCUACCAUCAUCUCCAAGCCCACUGCAACGACACCUCCCCCCACAGUUUGUUUGGCAGUGGAACAAGUCAAAGGAUGCAGCUGAGCAGUCGAAGAGGAAAGGCUUGAUCGAGGUGGUCCUUCAACAGAACAGCCUGCAAAUCUGAUGAAGAGUUCUUUCAUUUAUUCCAUUAGGCCUAUUAAAUUCUUUUAUUCCCUCUAACCUGCAUCCCCAUGAUGCACCAUUUGUAACAAAGUCCUCGUCUGUUUACCAGUGUAUUUUAUGGUAAACUUUUAAUAGCUUCAGUCCAUCGGGUCCAUAGUUCUCGUCUGUCCUGAAUGACAUCUAUUACAAUUCUGCAAUUUUUGUGGCUCCUAAUUAACUUUUUUUUUUUCCAAGUAUAUUGUUCUUUAGUUUUACGUUUAAAAUAAAAUGCUAGUGCAGAGAUUUUGUAGUAAUUA